AUGGAACUGGAGAUUUAUACAAACAUGCAACUGACAACAUACUGGGAACUAGUCAGCCUACCUACUCAGAAUAUAACAAGUAAAACUCGCGACGAAGAGAAAUCUGAUGAAUCUGGAAAAUCCAAAAAUUGUGAACAAAUUGGUCCGACCCCCAAAUUGGACGGGCCAUUGGAAACCCUGUCACAUGUUCAUACUAAUACAAAGCCAGUGCCAAAUUUAAAAAUCAACUGUAGAGAUGAAAGAUUUAUUUGCCUGCAGUGUGGCAAGAACUUGAAAAGGGGAUAUAAGUUAAAUGUGCAUAUGAGGACUCAUACUGGGGAGAAACCACAUGCUUGA